CGUCCUCUUCGUCUUUACUGUAAACAACUACAGUGAAAACCCCCACUCACAAUCUUCACGAUGGUCGUCCGUAUCCGCUUCGCCAUGCACGGCAAACGCAAUAACCGCAUUCUCCAUCUCGUCGCCAUUCACGGCACCAAAGCCCGCAACGCAAAACCCAUCGAGACGCUCGCCGUCUACAACCCCCACGUACGAGACGGUGCGACGCACAAGCAGGUGGAUUGGAGUGUGGAUAGGAUAAAGUAUUGGUUGGAGAUUGCGGGCGCGGAACCAAGUAAAUCUGCGGUGCGAUUGCUGGAGAAGGGAGGAAUCAUUCCGCCAGAUUCGAAGUGGCAUCCAAAAGCUACUGGGCCUGGCUCUUCAAUACCUUCACCGCCGUAUACAAUGCCUUCACCACAUCCCACACCCGAAUCUUCGACGGCUGCAUCAUAACAUCACUCUGUGCGACAGUCUUCUUCCCCAGUGCAUACCGGGAGAUGCAGGGGAGAUUAGAUGGGCGGGGGCACUGGUGUUUGCUUUAGAGUGUGGUCCUUGUCCGAGGAUAUGUUGACACUUCAGGAGGGCGUACGGUUCAGAUGUCCAGCCGGUUCACCACUGCAUGACAUACAUCUAUAAUCACAUAUUCAUACAGACGAACUAUCUCAACAGCCGCAGACCCAAGCGUAGUUUCAGGGC